AUGUUGUGCCGCAGAUUACAAGAUCUAACUUAUUGUAUAUCAUAUAAUGUCAAUUUUUUAAACGAUAAAGCACACGGAGCAAAGCAAUUCCGGAAGAGGUACACAGUGCUGGAGGAGCUUGGCCGGGGUGGAUUUGGGAUUGUUUACAAAGCGGAACGUAAUGAAGAUAACGCUGCAGUGGCUGUUAAAUUCAUUGAACAUAAACGAGUUAGAGAAUGGACUAUGAAAUGUAAGCAGUUAAUUCCAACAGAAAUUUGCUUACUGGAUAUGUGUCGUAGUGUCCCGGGCGUAGUUCAGCUAAUUGAUUGGUUUGCCAAUUCGAAAGGAUUUCUGGUAGUAAUGGAGCGGCCGGAACAGUGUUUGGAUUUGUUCGAUCUAAUUUCAGUUUAUGGUUAUUUGGAUGAAGAUAUUGCACGAUCGAUAUUUGUGCAGAUAUUGAAUACAACUUGCUUGUUAUAUAACACAUAUGGUAUUUUCCAUCGAGAUAUCAAAGAUGAGAAUAUAAUCAUUAAUAUGGAUACGGGCGAAGCGAUCUUGGUUGAUUUUGGUGCCGCAGCACUCAUUUCUGAGGCGUGCAUCAAAGAAUUUCAAGGUACACGUUCGUACUGUCCACCAGAAUGGUUCAAACGCUUAGCAUAUAAGCCAUUAGAAGCAACUGUAUGGUCUCUAGGUAUAGUCCUGUACGUUAUGGUUUCUGGUUGUUUGCCUUUUCAGAAUGAAAUACAAAUUUGCUUAGGCAGAUUUACCAUUCCAAAGCAUAUCUCAAAAGAUUGUGAAAAUUUGCUGCGUCAAUGUCUUGCAGUCACACCGUCCAGACGACCGGAAUUGCUGGAAAUUUUCAAGCAUCGAUGGUUGAAUCAACCUAUUGUUGUGCAUUCGGAAUCAUUCAAGGUCGUACUUCAACGACAUUUUCAAAAGAAGAAAGAAGCACAAGGUCGAUAUAAGCUACAACAGUGUGGAAUUCAAGAAAAUAGCAAGAAGAGCGCUAUUGCCGACGAAAGUGCUAACACAAACGAGUUCAUUACAAAGAAAAACGCUUUUACAAGUUGCGACAUUUCGGUUGACGACAAUCUCUCCGCCAUAUCAAUGCUAUCUCAUACCAACAGCGCUUUCAAUUCCAACUUAUUGAAAAAGCACCGCCACCAUUCAAGUUAUGAUAAUGUUGUGAUGAAUAUACGAACAGAUAUGUUCACUUCACGAAAUUGUUAUGAAGAUGAUAAUAAUGUGUUAAUACGUCCAAGUUCUAUUGCGGAGGAAUCAGAAUACAGUGAUUCUCCAUUUUGCUCAGCUUAUGAAUCGAUUUCCAUGAUUAGCACUGAUCCACAGAAUUCCGAAUCAUAUGUCACUGCUUUAGAGGUUGACAGAGAAUGUUCUUUCCAAAGAUCGAAAGAAGCUACUGCAAUUGAACAUUUUAAUAACUCCUUUCGUGAUAAUAGUAAUGCUAACAAUCACCGCAAGGAAGAAGUGGUGCAAGCAAACUGUCCAGACAGGCCUGUGGAGAAUAUCUAUCCACAGAAAGUAAUGAAUUCUAGGCUUGUAGCAAAGCAUUGGCUUCAGAAUGUAGCAAUAAGAUCUAAAUAUGGAUCUCUAAAGUUGCAAAAGCCUUCAAUUUGUCAGGAAAAAGGGGAACUGCAAAAAGAAGCAAAUGCUAGCAGUAAUUUAUUAAGGAUAUUUAAUAUUGAUUCACGGCGAUCCUCAAAUCCUAGUAUUUUCCAAAUAAAUUAA